AUAUGCCCAAAACCGCAGCCCAUUGUUUGCCUUGAAGAAGAUGUGUAACGGAUAACGUUUACUCGAUAAUUGUCAUCAUCAUCAUUCAUCGUUAUCCUCGUGCCCGUUCCCUUUCUCUCUUCCAAUUCCUAAAGCCAAUCGGAUCAUCAGUUCCCCCUUUUUUUCCAAUUCACUUUGUUUUUUGCUGAAUGGACUGUGGCCUCUUCGCGUGCACCGCCGCCUCCUCAUCUCUCACGCCGCCGCCGCCCUUCCGAUCGGGGUUUCCGAAUUUCCCUCGCGGCGGAUUGCGCAGGAGGCGGUUGAUUGUGGCCGCCAGCGGCAGGGCGAGCAGCAGUCGCUGCGAGUUCAGUGGAUUGAACGCGCCCCUGGAGCCCACCACCCCGUCGGGGAGGCUUCUGAGCACCGUUUUGCAGAACGAUCGCGAUUAUUUUCCGGCUGCCGCGGCGGAGCAGCUGCAGCAACUCGCUUGUGACCGGGACCAGGCCGUUGCUAGGAUGUCCUUAAGCUUCGACUCUGAUGAAGCCGGCCUCCAUAGGAGAAUCUCUGAAUUGAGAGAGAUGGAGUGCCAAGCCGGAGUUGAGGAUGUGAUGUACAUGUUAAUUCUACACAAGUUCUCAGAGAUUAGGGUGCGUUUGGUUCCUCGUCUUUCCAAAUGCGUCUACAAUGGCAGGCUAGAAAUAUGGCCAUCCAGAGACUGGCACCUGGAGUCAAUCCAUAGCUCGGAGGCGCUUGACCUGGUCAAACACCAUCUUGCCUCCGUAAUUGGAUUGAGACCAGACGCGAGACUCCCAGACAUUUGGGCCCCAAACCGGGCCCGCCUCCUCCACGUAUCCCGAGUCUAUGCCGCAUCCAUCUCCUACGGCUAUUUCCUCAAGUCCGCUUCCCUGAGGCACUAUCUUGAACAGAGCCUCACCCACUCACCUGGGCAGAAGAGACAACUUUGUUGGGCAUCUGGCCAGGCGAGUGGUGGGGUACAGACCUCACUAAUGCAUGGGAUGGAAACAACACUAAAGUCGUACGUGAUGGGAUUUGAACCAGAAACGCUACGAUUGUUUGGGACACCGAAGUCAAAGGUUGCCCUAAAAGUGGCGGAGAGGCACACCGGUGCACUCUUCGGGGUUGAUCUCGACGAGGAGGACGAAAUUUCGACAUCUAUGGCUAGUCUUAAAAGAAUUGUGCUUGAGGCCAUUGCGUUUGGGUCUUUCCUAUGGCACGCUGAAGAGUACACCAACAACAUAUAUAAUCUCCACUCCUAAUAGCUUAUUUUUAAUUUGUAAAUAUGUAAUUACAGUUAUGCUUAAUUAUGUUCUUAUUAGUACGAGUAUUAUUUUAAGUGUGUGUCGUGACCCCUUGCUCCCCCGGUCUCUAAUGUACAGUGCUGUUUAAUUACUCCACAUUCUUAAAUUUAUUUUUAUAAGAUUGUGACAAGAGGUUUAAUAUACUAUGAUAAUUAUA